CCGUUGCUGCCGCCGCCGCCGCUGCGCCUCUUUGUGGGGGCGGAGCCCCGCCGGGCGCCUCACUGGGCUCCCUGGCUCUGCGACGGGGAAGCGGCGCCGGAUUAAUGCCUGAGGAGGCGACACAAAGCCAGGCGCUCUUUUCUUUCAGGGUCUCGAGUCUCCCCCUCACACACACAAACCGACAGGAUCUACAUCUACAGCAAAUUGUUCGAUACAAUCUAUGUAGAAAGAUUACACAAGGAGACGGUCGUUCCAGCUUCUUGAAGGAGCGUCAUGAUGAAGAAGCUGUUGUGGAUACGGGCAAAAUCAGCUCUACUAUCAACACAAACUUUGAGAAAGAAGAACUAGAAAGUCACAGAGCUGUUUAUAUUGGUGUGCACGUCCCCUUUGGAAAGCAGGGUCGACGACGUCAUAGGCACCGUGGACAUAAGCAUCAUAGAAGAAGAAAAGAAAAGGAAACUGACAAAGAAGAUGGGCGAGAAUCUCCAUCCUAUGACACACCAUCCCAGAGGGUACAAUUUAUCCUGGGUACCGAGGAUGAUGAUGAAGAACACAUUCCCCACGAUCUAUUCACUGAAAUGGAUGAACUUUGCUUUAGAGAAGGAGAAGAAUAUGAAUGGAAAGAAACUGCCAGAUGGCUAAAAUUUGAAGAAGAUGUUGAAGAUGGUGGUGAUAGGUGGAGCAAACCUUAUGUGGCUACCCUGUCUCUGCACAGUCUCUUUGAACUGAGAAGCUGUAUCUUAAACGGGACAGUCAUGCUGGAUAUGAGAGCCAGUACGCUGGAUGAAAUAGCAGAUAUGGUAUUGGAUAACAUGAUAGCUUCUGGUCACCUGGAUGAAUCAAUGAGAGACAAUGUCAGAGAAGCUCUUCUGAAGAGGCACCAUCAUCAGAAUGAAAAAAAAUUCACUAAUCGGAUUCCCCUUGUCCGAUCCUUUGCAGAUAUAGGCAAGAAACAUUCUGACCCUCUCUUGCUUGAAAGAAAUGGGGAAGGCCUUUCAGCCUCCCGCCACUCUUUACGAGCUGGUCUCUCUGCCUCAAAUAUUUCCCUGAGAGGAGAGAAUCGCUUAUCCCUUCUUCUCAAUUACCUUCUUCCUGGAUCUCCAGCCGUCUCAAGGAGCGCAACCCCUUUACCUACCCCACAAAGCACUCCACCUUCCAGUCCUAGGUGCGGUCACAAGGGAACCACAAAUUUACCACCAGCUGAGCACCAGGGUGCUGAACUCCUAGUGUCUCCUUCUAGUGAUGAUAUCCCUAAAGUAGUAAUUCAUCCACCUGAGGAGGAUUUAGAAGCUCAGGAAAGCGAGGAGAAGACGACAGAGGAUAAUAGUGACAUAAUACCAGGACUUCUUGCAUCACCACAAUCUGCACCCGGUAAUUUGGACAUUGGAAAAAGUGGAGAACUUAAAAGCAGUGGAACAGGGGGAAGUAGAGAAAACAGCACUGUUGAUUUCAGCAAGGUAGAUAUGAAUUUUAUGAGGAAGAUUCCCAUAGGUGCAGAGGCAUCAAAUGUGUUGGUGGGAGAAGUGGAUUUUUUGGAGAGACCAAUUAUUGCUUUUGUGAGGCUGGCCCCCGCUGUACUUCUCUCAGGCCUUACAGAAGUUCCUGUUCCUACCCGAUUCCUUUUUCUUUUGCUGGGUCCAGCAGGCAAAGCGCCCCAAUACCAUGAGAUUGGUCGAUCAAUAGCAACACUUAUGACAGAUGACGUUUUCCAUGAUGUUGCUUAUAAAGCUAAAGACCGAAAUGAUCUGCUCUCUGGAAUCGAUGAAUUUUUAGAUCAAGUAACAGUUCUGCCUCCAGGAGAGUGGGAUCCAUCUAUUCGAAUUGAGCCACCCAAAAGUGUUCCUUCUCAGGAAAAACGGAAGAUACCUAAAUUUCCAAAUGGAGCUGCUUCUCCAGGAGAGUCUCUUGAAGAAGGCCAUCAUGCUGGACCUGAACUACAGAGGACUGGAAGGCUUUUUGGUGGUUUGAUACUUGACAUCAAAAGGAAAGCACCUUUUUUCUUGAGUGACUUCAAGGAUGCAUUAAGUCUGCAGUGCCUGGCCUCGAUUCUUUUCCUAUACUGUGCCUGUAUGUCUCCUGUAAUCACUUUUGGAGGGCUCCUUGGAGAAGCUACAGAAGGCAGAAUAAGUGCAAUAGAAUCUUUAUUUGGAGCAUCAUUAACUGGGAUUGCCUAUUCACUAUUUGCUGGGCAACCUCUGACAAUAUUGGGGAGCACUGGACCUGUCCUAGUAUUUGAGAAAAUAUUAUUUAAAUUCUGCAAGGACUAUGGACUUUCUUAUCUCUCUCUACGAACCAGCAUUGGUCUGUGGACAGCAUUUUUAUGCAUAUUGUUAGUGGCAACUGAUGCAAGCAGCCUUGUGUGUUACAUCACUCGAUUUACCGAGGAGGCUUUUGCUGCUCUUAUUUGCAUAAUAUUCAUAUAUGAAGCACUGGAAAAGCUUUUUCAAUUGGGAGAAACUUAUGAAUUCAACAGGCACAAUGACCUGAAUAAAUUGACAUUCUAUUCAUGUGUGUGUGCAGAGCCUCCAGACCCCACCAAUGAAACAGUAGCGCAGUGGAUGACAGCCAACAAAUCUGUGGAUACUAUACCAUGGUCUAACCUCACAGUUAAACAAUGUACAGAACUUCACGGCGUGUUUGUUGGAUCAGCCUGCGGCCACCAUGGUCCAUAUUUCCCAGAUGUUCUUUUUUGGUCCGUCAUACUGUUCUUUACAACGUUUUUCCUUUCCUCUUUCCUCAAGCAGUUCAAGACCAAACGCUAUUUCCCCACUAAGGUGCGGUCUACAAUAAGUGAUUUUGCUGUAUUUUUGACAAUAGUGAUCAUGGUUCUCAUUGAUUAUCUUGUUGGAGUUCCUUCUCCUAAACUUCAUGUGCCUGAAAAAUUUGAACCCACACGAAGUGAUCGAGGAUGGCUCAUAGAUCCGCUAGGACCUAAUCCUUGGUGGACACUUGUAAUAGCUGCAGUUCCUGCUUUACUCUGCACCAUUCUUAUUUUUAUGGACCAGCAAAUUACAGCAGUUAUCAUAAACAGGAAAGAACAUAAACUCAAGAAAGGUGGUGGAUAUCAUCUCGAUCUGCUCAUGGUUGGCAUGAUGUUAGGUAUCUGCUCAAUUAUGGGCUUGCCUUGGUUUGUGGCUGCAACUGUUCUUUCUAUAAGUCAUGUCAACAGUUUAAAAGUAGAAUCCGAGUGUUCUGCUCCUGGGGAGCAGCCAAAGUUCCUGGGAAUUCGUGAGCAGAGAGUGACAGGAUUAAUGAUCUUUGUGUUGAUGGGGCUGUCUGUAUUUAUGACAUCUGUAUUAAAGUUUAUUCCAAUGCCCGUUUUAUAUGGUGUUUUUCUUUACAUGGGAGCAUCCUCACUAAAAGGCAUCCAGUUUUUUGACCGUAUCAAAUUGUUUGGAAUGCCGGCCAAACAUCAGCCUGAUUUGAUCUAUCUGCGUUACGUGCCGCUCUGGAAGGUUCAUGUAUUUACGGUAGUUCAACUCACCUGUCUCGUUCUUUUGUGGGCAAUUAAAGCAUCUGCUGCUGCUGUUGUUUUUCCUAUGAUGGUUUUAGCUCUAGUUUUCAUUCGCAAACUUUUGGAUUUGUGUUUCACCAAACGGGAGCUCAGUUGGCUUGAUGACCUUAUGCCAGAAAGCAAGAAGAAGAAGGAAGAUGACAAAAAGAAAAAAGCAAAGGAAGAAGCUGAACGAAUGUUUCAGACAGUGGACAGUGAAACUAUACACCUUCCAUAUGACAGAGGCGAUGUGUUAGAGAUUCCCGUGAAAGCUCUAAAAUACAGCGUUGAUCCUUCUGUUGUAAACAUAUCAGAUGAAAUGGCCAAAACUGCACAGUGGAAGGCUCUUUCCAUGAACACAGAGAAUGCCAAAGUAACAAGAUCUAACUUGAGCUCUGAAAAAGAAGAGUGUGUGAAAAUAGACAUGGAAAAUACUCCUGAAACAAAGUAUGUAGAUGCUGAAACCUCAUUAUAGAAGUGAACAAGGGUAUAUAUUAUUUUAUAGGAUAUACUGUAAAGGGUGACUUCACAUCUUCUUUCAAGUACUGAAAUUCGAGUGAUAUGGAUACUGUAUGCACAGCAACAAGACUUUCAGACAAGAUAGAAGUGAUGUCCGCUCUGGAAAUAUUUAUUUUUAGUGGAAUGUUUUUCAUUUUUUUAAAUAGGAAAAUUAAAAAUUCUUUUUAGUUAUCAGUACAUGCAUUGCAUGUCAGAUCAUCUUUAAUUGUGAAGUAUUGGUUGCAUUGUUUAUAACUUUCUAGUAUGUAGUAGUUUUUAUAAUUUAUUGCAGUACACGUCACGUUUUCAGGCAAUUACUGUUUGGGUGUUUGCAAAAUGUUAUAAAUGUCAGUCUCCCUAGGAAAAAAAAUCCCAAUGUGCCCUUUCAUAAAUGACUUUAUUUUCAGGCCAUUCUUACUUCAUGUUGCUGUUUUAUGGGGAUCUAAAUGGAUAUCUGUGAGAAUGAUUUAUUAGUCCUAAAUUAAUAUAACACUAAACACAGUGUUGUUUCCUUUCCCUUGUUCCUGUAAGUCAUGGAUACCACAGUACCUCUUCAUACUACAUAUUUUGUGUACAGAUUCUUUUGCCUCCACUGAAGUUAAUGAGGCAUUGAAAUUAUACAGGGCCUGUGGAUUUGAAUACACACGUAGGCUCCAAAUUAAGGUUCCUGAUUUAAAAUGUAAGCUUAACAGACUUUGAUUAGCCAAUGAGUUUGUUUCCUUUUCCUGCAUGUGCAUAAUAUUAAUUGAUCUCUGAAAAUACAUUCAGAGUGGUGAGAGCAGGGGAUCCCAAUGCAAACAUUUUGCUGAUCCAGGAGAGGGUUUGCACAGGAAUCUUGCUUUUAAACAAAGGGCUUUCAAACAGCCCCACACAGACACAGAGCAGGUGGAGGGAGUGUGCCUCACAGAGGAUGGGAGACAGAGCAAAAGGCUAGCAAUCAUGGAGCCAAUGCUGACUUAAUCAAUAGAACUCAGUAUCUAAAUGCUAUUACUUGGAAGGCUUGGAUCCAGAGAUUUCUUGUGUGAGUGGAAAAAAACACUUCCACUUGUGAAAGGCAACCCUGCUGAAUUUCUUCCAUUUCCUCAUCCAGCUGCUGCCCCCAUACCCCAUUUUGCAUUCUAGAGGGUCCUACUGGCCCUUAGGAGAUGCUUUGGGGAACCACAGGGCCUACAGCAGGGGGAAGGAGCCAGGAGAGCCCUGUUGCAUGAACAGAGUUCUGUUUGAGCAUUUCAAGAUCCACACAAUAUGUUUGAAACUACAGCUUGUUUAUAAGAUAUUAGGCUAUGCAUAGAAGUAAGUUGCAUUGACGUCAAUGGUGCUUAAUUUUUAAGGCAGUGAAUCUGGGUCCAAAGCUGUGCAUGCAGAGCUUCUGCAAUGGAUAAGGCCUUCUCUUAUGUGGAGGAUGUGCAUAUGAAAUUAAAUCCUAUAUCAAGGAAAGAUCCUGUGUAUGCUGGAUCUUCAUGGUACCUAUCUGAAAAUCCCACACAUAUGGAGAAGGCCCCUAAACUGGAGCCACUGUGUUUAGCAUCAAGGUGUGAGGAUUGCGUAAUACAUUAAUCUCUAUGCAUUUGAAGGAAUGGAGCAACUUUUAUGUGAAGUUAAAAUUAAAAGGCAAAUUAAACAUGUAAGGUCUUCAAUUUUAAAAGCACAUUGCUUUAUUAUCUCCUCUUACUGAAGUCAGUUGUAUAAAUUGCUAGCCACACCGGAACAGGGAUGGGGGGGACGGACUCUGACCCCACCUGUCAUGGUUGGACUCCAAUUCUCAUCAUCCACAGCAAAUAUGGCCAGUAGUCAGGGAUGAUGGAAGUUGUAGUUCAAAUCAUCUGGAGGUCCACAGGCUCCCCAUCCCUGCACCAGAAUAUUAAUGCUCAUUUCUUUCUGUGGCAGAAUUAAGCAUUUGUGUAUAUCUGUCCUGAUGAAAUACACAGGACUUAAGGCUUGAAAUGCAGCUGGAUAGUAUCUGUUUGCCAGCAUGGACUUCCGUCAUCUUGCCCAAUGGUGAAACUCACAGUAACCAAUUCUGCUUCUAAAGGUGAAAUGGCAGCAACUGGUGAAGCCAUUCAUUGGUAGGAAUCACCACCGUGGAGCAAUUAAAUAGGUCUUUAAAGACCCCUAUUGUAAGUGGUAGUUGAUGUAAACGUAAACCGUGUAGUUACUGGCUGGUUAGGAGCUUCAAGUCCAUAUGGACCUCUCAUGCUAGCAGAGAUUCUCAGUGGAGCCCGUCAUCACUGCUACCUCCCAGAAGCUUCCCAUUAAGAACGUGUUUUCUUUUCCCUCCUUGAUUGCCUGGCAGCAUGCAAUUCCUGUUAGCAAACUGCCUCGCCACUUGUUACCGAAGAAUGCUGUUCGUAUGAAAACCUAAGUUCCGCAAACCUUGCAAAGAAGUCUAGUUGUUGACAUUGCUCACAAUUGCAACAGAAGCUGCAUAACUUAAGGUUGCGCUUAUUUUCCGUCAAUAAUGAAUAUUUGCGCCUCUCUUUGUGCUGUCAAAAGAAUUGGUGCGUGUCUCCCACAGAACUUUUCACUGGGAAUAUGGCAAGAAGUGCACGUUGGAUCUUGAAAAGUAACGGUGCACCCGGUGGAACAUUUUACUUUUCUGAAGAGGAAGUUCAUGUACCGUGCUGUCAACUGCUUUUGAAAUAGUGGGGUGUUUCAAAAGCCGUUUUCAGGGCAGAACCAGAGGAGUGAACAAGUCCUACAGCAUAAAAGCAGAUUGUGGGGCUCACCAAAAGCAACUGUGCUCAGUGACCUGAAACAAUUGAGAGCAAGUAAUGGUAACAGAAACCUAUGGAAUUGACACUUAAGAUUUACUUGAACAGUGGCAUUUCCUUUUAUUGUUGUUUUUUAAAAAUGCUGCUAAAUGUAUUCACAGUUUGAAGAAAAAGUUAACCUUAUUAAAUCAACAUGUAGGGAUAUGGGUCAUCAUUAAACAGAAGAGCUGAUGCCUCAGCACCAUCAAAUUAGCUUUUCAGUACUGCUUAUCUUUGAUAUUGGUAAGAGUAUAACUAUAAUGUUCAUUCCUCGAUGUUCACGUAGCUUGUGCCUUAGCCUUCUUCAGGAAAUAUGCACUUUUUCUUUAUUUGAAAAUCAUGACCACCUGUCACUUACCCCAUCUCUUUCACAAAAGGUGUGUUCAACGUCUUCAACAAUCACGUUUGAAAACAAUGUGUUCUAUUUGGUACAGUAAAAAACCACAACCAAUCAUGCCUGUAGCUUUCAGAGUUAUUCACACUCGUCUUCCAUUACUGAAAAAUUCUGUAUUCAGAGCUGUGGGUAGUAAUUUGCAAAGAUCCAAACAGAUUGUCUUGAAUUUUAACCCUUUGUUUUCUAAGCCUAUAAUUCCAUAAUGCUGAACAGUUCAUAUCAACUUUUCAGUGCCAAAGGGUUAAUAAUUUUGGUAACUUAAGCAAAGAUCUGAAAACUACUUAGAAUCACAAUAUUUAUUUUAUUUUAAUUAUGUAAAAAUAUUAUACAGUGCCAGGCAUAACCAUGACUUGCAAUGUAGUUUGCAUUGAUUGUUUCGAUGUUGUUUGUUAAUGUUACCUUACACAUUUGAUAGCAUAUUAAGUCCUGAUGACAUGCUGAGAAUUCCAGUGGUAAAAUCUAGGUGAUUUACUGCUCAUUAUACUGUAUAAACAUUAUUUCCUUCUCCAUAAUUAAAAAAAGUAUAGUAUUAAAGUAAGACAGUGAAGGACAGAGCUUUUACUGUACGUAGAUAAUAAAUGUUGCCUUAAAAGGUGUAAAUGAGUAAACUUUACUGUGCACUGAUUCACCUUAGGGUGGAGCCUAAUUUAAAGCCAGUAUAUUUCCAUUAAACCAGUAGACUAAAUAGCUGAGCACUUUUUUUAGAUACCUUGGUACUGGCAUCUUCUGUAAAGAAUCUUAGUGUCACAAUAGAAUCUAAACAACCCGGUGUUUUUGGUUUGUGUAUGAACUUGUAAAACUCUGUUCUAGAUAUGCACAAACAACUCAUUAUCCUUAGUUUGCAAUGUUCCAUGCUGCAAACUGUGUUUAAGGCAGGUUAUUCCAGAUUAUCAAGAUAAUCAACAAAAAUGUGCAAGAUAGUGUACAAAGCAUGUCAGUCAUUUAGCAUCCAACAGAACGUUUCUCCUCCCCCCCCCAACACAUUUAUCUCUAUGUACAGUAGUCUUGUAAAAUGUGCCCAUUGUAAAAGUAAGUUCCAAAUGUAAAAAUGUCACGGAUAGAUGAAAUGCAAAACCAAAAUGCACUGGUAUGCAUUGUUUAAAGGGGUUAUGUAUUAUACAUAUGUUUUAUACAUUGUGUUUGAAGUUACCAGUUCAGAGUUUGUAGAUCAUUAGCACAACAUUUUGAAUGUAUUUUGCUUUUGCUUUUCUUAAGUUUGGUCAGUAAUUUAAUGUUUUUUAGAAUGAUUGAUUAUAGGUGCCAUCCAUUACCUAAUACAGUACAAAUGUUGUGAAGAACCAUUUAUUUUAGUGAAUGUACAGGCACAUAGUUGUGUGUCAAUAUAUACUCGUAUUCUGAAUACAAAAUAUUGUCUUGUGAUUUUACUACUUGCAGUUUUUUUAUUUUAAAACCUUUUAGUAAAUUUGUCAAUUAUAGGAAAAUGGUUGCAAUUGGUGUGAAAAUAAAGUUUUUCAUAUUUAGUACAUAUUGUCACUAUUUGGCAGUCUUGGAGUAACUUAUUUAAUGCCAGGUUUUUAUAACGCAAUUUAUUAGUCAGGAGACGAAUUCCUUUGUAACAUUUCCCAUUUGUUAUUGAUGCUUUGUUUUGUAAGUGUGUCUUCCAGUGUUCAGAGCUGAACAAAAACAUUUACUUUGAUUUGCAGUGUGAUUCCACACUUUAUUCCAGUUUUUAUGACAGUUUUCUAAUUGCAUAUAACAUUUCCUUUUAUAAUAAAAUCCAAAGCAAGUUAACACUGUUCCAAAUGUAGAAACAAUAUUUUAUUAAUUUAUAUAAUGCCUACAAAAAAUUCUCCAACAUGUACUGUGAAAAAUCCAGCCUUUAUAAUUUGUUUAAUGAAUGUUGCGAAAACUAUUUUUUGUAAUGUUUCAAAAAGUUGACAAAAAGCAAUAAAAUGCCACUGAAUUUAA